UAUCUAAUAAACAACUGUAGAUGUUGAUUACACUGCAAUUAGUAUCAUUCUGGAAGUUUAUUUAACCAUAAUUUGUUUCAAUUUUCAUUAAUUUGCCAAAAAGUGCGCACUUCCUUUCCAGUGUUGAACGUCCAAAUGGUGUCCAAAUGACAUUUAGUGAAGUUCUAUUGAAGACUUUUUAGCUAGUCUACUUUGGAUUAAAUUGUAGUUCAUUUUGUAAUCUGUAAAUGGUAAUGCAAUGUCAAAAGUCAAUGCCACUUCACUUUAGUUGUCAAUUUCAAUAUGUCAAAUCGAGGAACAUACGAAAAGGAAAACAACUUUCAGUAAAAAUAAAAACGCUGGCCAAGAUCAUUCUUCCUAAUUUUAUUAGUAGUAAUUCUAAUUAUACUUUUCUAUCAUUAAUUUUAACAUUUUCUUGUGACAUUUAAAAUGUUUAGAAAUCAGAAACCGGCAAAAAAGGGGAAUCUGUCGCAGUUUGGUCUGUUAGAUAUUCCUGAUUUGGACGAUGCAGAUGAUGAACCACUAAAUCUAUCUGAUGAUGAUAUUGAUUUGGAAGCAGAAUUGGCUGCCAUUAGUGGUGGCACAAGCAGACAGAGACCAAAAAAGGCUCCACCAUCAGCCAAUCUCGAUGCCAUGAUAGCUGAAAGUUUAAAGGAUAUACCUUCAGAUGAGGAUGUUGAUGAAGGCGACGAAGAUGAUCCAGACUUAUUGAAUGAAUUAAAAAACUUAGGCCUCGAUGAUGAAGCUCCUCCAGCACCUCCGCCUCGUUCUUCCCGUCCUGCGCCUCCUCCUCCUGGAGCUGAUACUGGCAUUGUGGGGGUUUUACAGGACAGAAUUAAUAAUUAUAUGGCUGCAGAAAAACAUGCAAAGGAAAAGGGUGAAAGCAGUAGGGCUAGAAGAUUCAACCGAGGUAUAAAGACUCUAAAUGAUCUACUAAAGCAAGCUAAAGCUGGUAAACCCAUCAGCGAAGAAGACAUUCCACCAGCCGUAAGUCUUGGAAAACCUGCUGAUUCCACACCAUCAGCACCACUCUCUGGUCCAGUACAACCACCAACAGACCCAGAGCCACUACUGAUAGAUCUUGGACACGAGGAUCCUCCCAGUUUACCAGAACCGCAAGAACCACCGCCCAGUCUACCGGAACCAGAGGAGCCACCACUGCCUCCACCGCGAGCUGAAAGCUUACACCAAGCAGACGAUACCCUCACUCCUGAGAGACAGCAGAAGCUGCAGGCAAUAUUGAAACGUCAAGCAGAGUUUAAAGCGGCGGCGUUGCACUGUAAAAAAUCGGGGGAUAAAGCAUUAGCACUCGAGUUUUUGAAGACAGUGAAGCAGUUCGAUGUUCUGGUGACUGCUUUCAAAACGACCACCGAGGGGAUGGACUUCGAUUUAGCCGAUUUACCUACUUUGGAGUCGGUCGCCGCGACCCUCAAGAGCCCAAAGGCCGAUGAACAAAUGCAAAAUUCCGGAGAACCAACACCAGCGUCGACUCCAGCCUCCACGGAGCUGAUCACCGCCUCGACGGUGGAAGAAGCUUUACGACAGAGGCUAGCUUAUUUUCAGCAACAAGAGUCAAAAGCGAAGGAAGAUGGUAACUCGUCGAAGGCGCGUCGCAUGGGGCGCAUUGUGAAGCAGUACCAGGAGGCGGUGCGGCUGCACGCGGCCGGGAGGGCGCUGCCCGGGGACGAGCUGCCCACGCCGCCGGGGUACGCGCCCCUACCCGCUGAUCCAGCUGAAGCACCGCGCCCCGCCCCGCCCGCACCCCGCCCCGCGGCUCCGUCCCCCUCCCCUGCGCCGUCCCCCUCCGCUGCCCCGCGCCCCUCGUCCGCCCGCUACGAGAAGCAGCUCGCGUACCUGUUGAUGCGCCAGAAACAGUUCAAGGAGGCCGCAUUGAAAGCUAAAAAAGAAGGUAAUAUUGAACAAGCAAAAGAGUAUUUACGUGCAGCCAAAGGGUUCGAUACGGUGAUAGACGCCGCGAGAGGCGGCCUGCCGGUCGACCUCAAGUCUUUGCCCCUCCCGCCUAAAGCUAAAGAGAAUUUAGAACACACUUUCGACAUAGUGUCGAGUGAGGACUGCGGCCCGUCGGACGAGGUGGCCACCGUGCGCGGCGAGGACGGCGACGUGUGGGCGCGCCUGCAGCAGCAGCUAGGCUCGCAGCUGCAGCUGUGCCAGCGGAACCGGGACCACUGCAGCGCCACCGGACACAUCGCGGAGGCGAACAGGUUCGAGCACCUCGCCGUUACGGUCGCGCAGGACCUGGACGUCGUGGCGGUCGCCAAAAGCCUGGGCCGCGGUCCGCCGAAGUUCCACUACGAGUCCCGGCAGUUCGCGGUGGCGCAGUGCAACACGGACCUCAACGAGAACGAGCUGCAGCUGACCGUGGUCCGCGGCAUCGCGUACAACGUCGCCAACCCGCAAGACGUCGACACUUACGUCAAAUUCGAAUUCCCCUACCCCCCGGAGGCGCCGGCGACGGACUGCACGGCGGUGGUGAAGGACACGAACAGCCCGGACUACGGCGCGGUGUUCUCGCUGCCCAUCCAGCGCGCCGCCCGCACCUGCCAGCGCGCCUUCAAGCGGCACGCACUCAAGCUGCACGUGUACUCCAGGGGCCUGUCGGACUCGUGCGGUUGUUGCAGCGGCUGGUUCUCGCGGGACGCGCUGCUCGGGACCGUGGUCGUCCGCCUCGCGCCGCUGGAGACGCACGUCACCCUGCACGAGGCCUUCCCGCUGAUGGACGGGCGCCGCCCUGCCGGUGGCUCGCUCGAGGUCAAACUGAGGGUCCGGACUCCGAUCCUGCACCAGCAGAUCGAAAACACGACGCAUCGGUGGCUCGUCAUCGAUAACUAAACAUUAGUAUAGGUUUAUGCUGAAACUUGUAAAUGCUGACGUCAUUGCUCUAGACGGCAAUUGUCGUGAAAACUUUGUAUAUUAAUCGAUAAUCAGAAUCGCAUAUUUGAACUUCGAAUCGUUCUUCAAAACAUCAUGUCUACAUUAAAUUAUUAAAAAAAAAAUACAAAAAAGUUAUAACGAUUAUUGUCAAUCGACGAAUGUUUAAUAUUGUUGCGAUAUACGCUUAAAUAGAACUGUCACAUAGAAUCUGCAGCUUCGAGAAAACGAUCUUAGCGAUACAUUGCGGGCUUACGAUAGACGAAUUUGCUACAAUAAUAGCUAUUUACACUGAGCUUAUAGGGAGGAACCAGAAUCUGAUGCCCUAACGUGAGAAUUGAUAACAAUGAUCAUCUGUUAAGAGAUCAUUGUGGAUGUGUCAGCUGUUUGUAAUUGUCUUACAUAGCGGGUACCAUAGAAAGCAUAGGUACUCUAUAUGUUAACACUUGAAGCAAAAACCUUGUACUUCCGUAAAAAGGGGUUACGAAAAUGGCGCGGACUUAGGAGUAUGAAAUUUCCCACACUUAUAGAGAAUACAGAGAGGGAGUGCAGAAUGCGAAUCAUUUUUUUUAAAUUAUGCAUUAUAAACAUAUUAAAUCAAUAUAAUGUACAACAUGUAUUUGACACAACACAUAUCUAUUUACUCUUUGUUUAUUGUCAAACUUUUGUUAUUGCUUAAAGUCUGUGGUCAAGUUGAGAAUAGAUUAAUAUUGUUUGUCGAAAUCUGUGGUUAUAGAAGUAUAGUCUUUGACAAUAGAACUAUAAUAAUGUUCAAACUUAUAAUUUAAAUUAAUAAUUAUGGUCAAAUUUCGACCGCUGCGUGACCACUACAGUAUUCAUGUGUCAGGAGAGAAAGCUGUCUGUCUUCAGUAAUACUUUGAUUACACUCCUUAUUUAUCGUACAACAAUUAGUACAUAUUCACCAAACUUAGCUACAAUACGAUGCGCCCUAAUAAUAAAUAAACCUAGAAGGGCCAGUUAAACAUUAAGCUGAUAUUUUGUCGGAAGAUUUUAAUCGUUUUGGUUGUUGAGUUUAUGUGUACCUUUAAUAGUGAAGAUUAAAAGAAAAAAAACUUGACGUUUGCGAUUUAUAAACGUCAAAGUCAUAGAGAUCGCAAUAAAUCUAAUCUGUGCAAUAAAUACAGAUAAUACAUACGCAUAAUAUUUAAUAAUAAAUAUUAAUAUUAUAUAUUCAAUAUAAUAUACUGGUUUUUCCCUCGCAUGGACUUCAUCUUCUCUUAAGUAUUUGUCACUGUUAGUUUUGACCUAGCACCGUCAAAUAUUAUUUUCCUAAUGGCGACGACUACGAAAACUAAAGUAAAGUAAAGUAACUACGAAAAUUAAAGUAAUGCAAGAAAUAUGUAAUAUAAUAAUAAUUUUGUCCAAACUAUGUGUUACAAUGUAUAUAUAUACGAACCGUCCUUGUUAUUAGCUUUUUCUAUUAGUGAAGACCGUAACAAAAUUUAUACUGAUCGAAACAGCUUUAAUAUAUCAAAGUUUGAGGAACUGUGGAAAAAGGGACUUUCCCGAGAUCUGUGGGGGAUUCACCUAAAACUAAAAAAAGGUUUGCGCACCUCUGACCCAAAUAGCUAAGUACAUAUUUGUGAAAUAAUAUAAAAUAUAGUAUGUAUUAUGAUAUUAUAUAUUUUAUAUUUAGGGUUUUUGUUACAAUUACGUGUAAUAUCUAAAUGUAAGGAAAAGACGAAAAUUUUGUAUUUAACGGUAAUAUUAUUCCAAUUUUAUUAGUGUUAAAGUGGAAAUAAAUAAUAUUUUUUAUGUAAAUAAGUGUAAUCCUUGAAUAUUAAAUAUGUACAAAUGUGAUAGUAACGCAUCGCGUUAUGAUACUAUGAACAAAUACAGAAUAAUAUAUUUUGAUUGAUGUUAACAAUUUUCAAAGAUUAUUCCUUUAUAAUAUAAGAUUAUUCAUUACUGGUGGUAGGACCUCUUGUGAGUCCGCACGGGUAGGUACCACCACCCCGCCUAUUUCUGCCGUGAAGCAGUAAUGCGUUUUGGUUUGAAGGGCGGGGCAGCCGUUGUAAGCCGUCUCAAGGUGGGUGGCGGCGUUUACGUUGUAGAUGUCUAUGGACUCCGGUAGACACGUGUGAGGCACGUGAACGUGGAGUCUAAAUUGUAUAGUAUAACUGCCGCCCCACCCUUCCAACCAGGCAUUUAUAUAAGUGACUGGCAACCACAUACCGAAAGACGUAACCUGUUGAAGGUCGCGGGAAGCCGCUGGAUGCGGAUGACGCUGUACCGAUCGUUGUGAAAAGUGGACGCCUAUGCUGAUAGUGUUACAUCGUCGUCAUCAUAGUCGGUUACUCUUGGCAGAACCGUUGUGGUCACGUGGAAUCCUUGUUUACUGAGAGCCUUUUUAUUUUAUUUUUAUUGCCCUUGUAGGCAGUAGGAGUGGGUAAUAUCGGUUUUGCCGCGUAUCGAAUCGUAUCUAUAUAUCGAGGAUCAAUAUCGGAUAUUGAAUCUAUAUAUUUUCUGAAUCUAUAUAUUGAUGGAUGCUAGUAGAUUUUCUCGAUUCAUGAUAUUUGAGAUUUGAAACGUUACGCUGAUAUAAUAUCGUAGUAGAUAUAGAUUUAAGUCAACGUUAUACGGUUGGUUUUCUGAUAUCAAUUUAUAAUAUGAUCUUAAAGUAAUAAAAAGACCAUGAAAAUAAAAAUAUCAAAAAAACUUUCCUUCAUGCUUUUACCAGGCUUAGGACUGGCUACAUUAUUUUCAGUUUUUAGUAUUUUGUGUCUUAAUUUAAAAUUACAAAAUAUACCAAAAGAGUGUAGAUUUCUAAAGUUUAAUACAAACACAAGAAAUAAACUCAAUUAUUUGGAUUCAACUAAAAAUAGAAAAAUGUGUACUUUAAAAAUCAAACACAAAAAACUUUUAAGUAUUUAUAAACACUUGUCCAAAAAUUCUAGUUCAAGGUCAAAGUGCGUGAAAUUAAAUUCAACGAUGCAAAUAGGCUAUACUGCAUUCAAGUUAGGGUCGAAAGUUGAAACUUCUUUCCUAAAUUAUAUCCUGCUGAUACGCUAAGAAUAAUCUACAGACUUAUGGACUUAAAUAUAAGGUUUACAAUUGUAUGGAUAAUGCCUGUUUCUGUUUCAUUCAUCACAUGAUAUCACUAUCGUGCGCUCACUCACUCUGGCCGAUUCGAUACGAACCAAACGAAUAUUGCUGAUAUUAACGAAUCGGUACGAUAUGCCGAUGCGCAUCACAUCGAGCAAUAUCGUGUAUCGGCUGAUAUCGAAAUAUAGAUUUCGAUUCACGAAUCGGUCCGAUAUGGCGAUGCGCAUCACAUCGAGCAAUAUCGUGUAUCGGCUGAUAUCGAUAUAUAGAUUUCGUGCGGGGCGAUAUCGGAUUCAACGAUAUUGCUGCGAUAUAUAGAUAUUGAAUCUAUAUACGAUUUAUAUCACCCACUCCUAGUAGGCAGACGAGCAUACGGCCCACCUCAUGGUGAGUGGUUACCGUCGCCCAUGGACUUCAGCAAUGCCAAGGGCAGAGCCAAGCCGCUGCCUACCGUAAAUGCCUUGAGAGAUGUUCUCCAUAGUUCGCCAACUGAGACUUAGCGCACGCACACGUAAAUUGGUAUAUAGUAUAAAAGUAUUUUCCGUUAAAGAUUUACAUCCUGAAGUGCAUAUAGUAAAGCCAUAUUGUAUAUUUUUAAUUACUGUUACCCUACAAAUGGUUGCGUAGACAUAUUUAUUUAUGAUCAAAUGAAAUACGAAUUAGACUACCGAGUAUCUUUGCUUUGAAUGUGUGGCGAAACAUUUGGUUUCGUAACGCGCAUGCGCGACCGAAAAAAUCUAGGAGGCCAUGAUCCCCGGGCCUUUAACAAAAAGUAUUGUACAUUAUUACAUAAAAUAAACAUUUUAUUAUUUUUACUUAGAGCCGCUUUUAUUUGAGCGUCUUAAAAAUGUAAAGAGUGCGCGAUCUUCGCUCAGUCCCCAGGGUUCGGUACCCGCUGCGUAUCUGUGGCGACCCGCCGACACAUUUUCAGGUUUGUUCCUAACAUGUGUAGUUUUAACGGAAUUGAUUGACCCUGUGUCGUAUCUAACUUGCUGAUCCUCCUUGAAUAAUCCGGCAUACUCCGUGCUAGCGAAUACAGUUCUCGAACGUUCCACGACCUGCUCAUCAUCAUUAUCUGUUAGAACAGCAGACUGCGGACGAGAAAAUACGAAUGAAUCAUAGUAAGUCGGACGCUUCGACUGGAUUCUAGAAACGUUUUUUUUAGAAGUGCCUUGCUUUAUUAUACGCGGUUAUUACGCAUAAUCUGUAAUAUGUAAAUGUUACGAAGGUAUGUAAAUAAGAUUAUUUACUUUAGAAUAAAUAUAAAUAUAGUAAAUAAAUAUUUUAAUAACAAUCACGCAUAAAUUUCGACCACAAAGUUGUGUAACACCCGUGGUUCUUGAAUAAAGUGCUUUUAUCUAUUAGCGUUUAAGGUAACUAUGAUAUUUAAUGUUCCGCAGCUAUCUACACAUCACACGCUACUAUUUUACAUUCUUAACACGAUAUUCCAAUAAUCGAGUUUUGUCCCUAUCAAAUCGUUGGCAGCUUAGGAGGCUAACCCAGCUACGUCCGGACAGGUAGGUGAGCUCACGGGCUCAGUGUGUUAGUGCGAGUUUCUUGAUGUUCUCGAUAGCGUAAAAGUUAAGCCAAUUUUGUAUGCAGUUGGAACAGCGCCCCUAGCGGCAAACGUACGCAAACGAUCCAACUCCAUACACAAAUAUGAGCUAACUUUUACACUAUCGAGAACGUUAAAAAAGUCGCACUAAGCAACUGAGAGAAUUUGCUAACACUAGCUCUAGUAAGAGCAGUGCUUUGUUGAAUCUACUACCGGAUCGGAAUGGCAAUCCACUGAGAAGAUCCGACGAGAAACUCAGUGGGCUGUGUCUGUGGGCUAGAUUGCACGUCGAACUCUUCAGAACGGUGAUCGGUGUUUGGACUGCCGGUUCCAAAUACCGUUAUCGCUGGAAGACUAAAUAAGUCGACUAUUAUCAAAGCCGGCAAUGUGACUUUUAGACAAUUAUUGGUAAAUCAGAAAAACGAAUUAUUGACUUUGUAUUCCAUUGGCAGUCACAAAACUUUUCUGAACGACAUCUUAGAUAAAUAACAGGUUAAGUAUUAACCUUUAUUUAAUGCAGGUUUUGAACCGUAUUCUUUGAAGGAGACGAUUAUAUUCAAAUCAAUCUGUAUUGACAUAUCAAUAACAUUUUUUUGUCCAAAUGCACAGAUUGCCACCUUUGAUAAUAGACGACUCAAUAUCGAAACUUGUUUUAAACAUGAAAACUAAGCGGUAACAACACGUUAGAUUUUAGUGUUUGUUUAUUGUCUGUUGUUCUUAUAAAUGUAGAAAAUAUUUUUUAGAACAGUCUCCGCGGACUACUUUUAAUGGAUAGAAGAUAUAGAAUACAUGAUCAAAUAUUUUAUUUUUAAUGUCCCAGGCUGAUUUCGUCGAUUUAAUAAUUCUCAUCAAAUUUACAAAUUUUACAUAUAAUAGUUAUAUUUGAUUUAUUGUCUACGCUUACUUCGAUGCCGGACUGUCAACCCCUUUGGCUUAGUGGUUGAUUAUUGUGGCGGUCGCGUUUUGGGUUCCCAGUUACGAGUCCCGGUUCGAAUCCCGAAUUGCCUUUGUUAAAGUUAUUGAAUUAGGGAUUUCGGCGGACUUGUAUUGGUAUGUGCAUUCGAAGAAACCAUAAUUUGAGGUCGUUGAAUGUGAGAUGCUUUGUUUGAACUUAGGUAAGUAAGCUUAGUUAGAACAGAGCUUCCAAACAUAAACAUUACAAUGUAAUAAUAAUAUUAUAAUAAUUGGUGUUUUUGAAGAAAUCUCUAGUUUCGUACUAAACGUAAAGCUGUGUGAAAAAAUUGAUAUAGAAAUUAAACUUGCGCUAUAUUCGUUGAUAAAUAAGAAAAUUUGUCCAAAAUAUUAAAAUAUAAUAUGAAAAAAUGUAAUUGUGUACAUAAUAAAUUUGACUAAAAAUAAAAAUGUUAUUUACGUAUUGAUCAUGAA